AUGUCUGGAAGUCUGUACUCUAAGGCCAUUUCUGCUGGCUACAAGGUGGGCCUCCAGAACCAGAGGGAGCACACAGCUCUUCUUAAAAUGGAAGGUGUUUAUGCUCAAGACGAAACUGAAUUCUAUCUAUGCACUCUUGCACGUGUGUACAAAGCAAAGAAUAACACGGUGACUGCUGGUGGCAAACUGAACAAAACCAGAGUCAUCUGGGGACAGGUAGCUGGUGCUCAUGGGAACAGUGGCAUGUUUCAUGCUAAAUUCUGA